CCGCCCCCUUAACCGGCGACGCGGCCUUCGGCCGGUGUCACCUCUGCGGGCGACGAGAAGGGGAGGAGGAGGAGGAGGGGUGGCUGGGUGGCGGCGCUUUAGGGUUUCGCUCGGUGGAGGGGGCGACGCGAGGGGAACGACCCGCUAUUCUUAUUCCGUAUUUGGUCUGAGUCAUGGGUAUUUACAGGAAUAGACCAGAAUACCCAGCGCCCCACUCGCCGGCCUUCUCGCCGCACGUUCGCUCGGUUGGGUAGGCGAGGUGCUGCCUCGGCACGAUCCGCACCGGCGGCGGUUGCAGGAGAAACUGGCCGAAUCCAGCAAGGGCAGAGGACAGGAAAGGGAUUUGAGGCAGCCGCCCAAACCCUAGGUUCUCAGUUUCUCACAGUAGAAGUGUACCAGAUGGACCAUGAAUGCGCCUCAACGAAAGUAUCUAAAUAUGUUGCAGAGGAAGAUAUCAUCAGCAAUCUACCAGACGGCCUCAAAGACAAAAUUCUUUGUUGUCUGCCAAUAAAAGAAGCUGUUGGAACUUGCCUCUUGUCAAGGAAUUGGCGGUACACAUGGACUUCGAUGACUGAACUGAUGUUCAGGGGAGAUGAUUUUGCUUCAGAUAAUGGCUAUGAUGAAUGUAGGUUUCUUAAGUUCACUGAUAUGUUUCUCUCCCUCCACAAUGGCCCAGUUCUUAAGUUUGGACUGGAUACCCAAGGGAUUGAAAUAUCUACUGGAGGACACAUUCAUCGUUGGAUGCUCAUGCUUUCAAGAAACAGAAUUAAGGAAAUUCAACUUAUGACAAGUAUGCAUGAAGAUUACAACAUCCCUUCUUGUUUUUUCUCCUGUGCUGAGCUCCAAUAUGUGCAGCUGCGGCUAUGUGUAUGGACAACUUCACAGCUGCCAAUGCUAUAUAAAGGUUUCAAACACUUGCAUACUCUUCAUCUUGAAUUCUUCACUGUUGAAGGAAACAAUUUUGGGGAUUUAGUAGCAAGUUGCCCAAACUUAGAAAAGCUUACUUUCUUUUGGCUUAUCAGCUUUGCCAAUAUCAAUAUCCAUUCAACAAAGCUCAAGAUACUUACAGUUCAUGGCCAGUUUAAUCACCUCAGUCUGCACACUCCAUAUCUUACUUCGGCAGUCAUCGAACUGAAACAAGUUGCUGGUGACGCUUUGAAUGCCAGAUGCAAUUUCAAUGUUUCUCAAUUUAUUGCUUCUCUUUCAGAUGUUAAAAAUAUUUCACUUCAUGGGUCAAUAUUUGAGCUUGCAGAACAUGAAUUCUUGGUUUACAAGCCGCCAAAAUCAUUCAACCAGCUUACAGAGAUAAGCCUGAACUUAGAUCUUGGUAAUCUGAAGCAGGCAAAUCUUGCUCUUUGCUUAUUUCAGCAUGCCCCCAACUUGCAGCUUAUUAUUUUGGAGCUCACUUCCAAGAAUCCCAUGGUACCCACAGUGCAUUUAUGGGAAUCAAUAGAUGGCUGUCUCUUCCAGAAUGUUCGUUUAGUUGGUAUGAACAACUUUACUGCUUCAUCUGCAGAGCUAGCGUUCUUGAAACGUAUACUUGAAGAUGCACCAGUUCUAAGAAAAGCAGAAAUAAGAGAUAAAGGAAAAUUAGGAAAAGAUGACCUCAAGAGCCUCCUGAAGAUGAGAAGGGCAUCGAAGGAUGCAGAAAUAGUGAUUUUUUGAGGAUUGGUUCCACCACUCUGAAAAGAAUCAACGCCAAUCUCUGAAGGAACAAGUCAGGACCACAAAACAGCUAUCAAACUCAUGUUUGGAACUUCACAAAACUCCUACUUUGUUUUAGCGCGAUCUUGUAAGACGUGGGCUUUGAAAUUCUGAAUUGUGGGUGUGCAAGCACAAAUGUUUGCGUACUUCCCCUAGUGAAGCUAUUGUGUGGUCUUUGGAAAACAACGGUCUCUCUAAGAAGUGCUUACUUGUUGUGUCAAAGUUCAGAAAAUAUUAUGUUCUUGCCAA